CCUCCACAUUUAAUCCUUUUCCUUGCUUGCAUUUCACCCUGUGUUUUUGUAUCUCAAACUCAUUCCCUUAUCAGCUUUCUUUCCCUUCCCCUCCCUCUCUGUGCAGAUUCUCUUAAUGAAUAUUCUGUCCGCCAUUUGUCCCGUUCUUUCUCGUGUCUUGCUGUUUGUUGUCUGUCACCUGUCACAGCUGUUGUACUUUCCAUUUUUGGUGGUGGGCUGUCACUAGCCUGAGCCUAAAGAUAGAACCAUGUGUGAGGCCUGCACCCUGAUUCAUUCUCUCAGCUCAACGUGCUCUUGCUGUCUCUUUGUGGCCAGACAUUUUAUUCAAACAGUAUAUCUGCCCCCCCAGCUGACUAUAAAUAGCAGGUCUCAUGAGUUGUCAGGAUCUUGGUUUGAAAACCAACCAGGGACCCAAGGAGAUGGCCUUGCUGUGCUAUAAUAAAGGAUGCGGACAAAGAUUCGACCCCACAGAAAACAAUGCAGAUUCAUGUCUUUUUCACCCUGGUUACCCCAUAUUUCAUGAUGCUUUGAAGGGCUGGUCAUGCUGUAAGAAACGCACCACAGACUUCUCAGAAUUUCUCGCUAUUCCGGGAUGCACUAAAGGAACACACAGCAACGAGAAACCCUCAGAACCGAUGAAGCCUGAAAUCUGUGGAAAUAAGGGUGUAUCAGGUUGUUCAAAUCACACAACAGAUAUAAUCGUACAAGGUCCCAAAUCUGCAGAAAAGAUGCUAAAGGAGAGGCCCAGUGCUCAAGAACAAAUGCAACCGCUUGUUCUCAAAGUGUCCCAGUCACUUGAGAAGGAGCUGGAAAAACUGAGAAUUAAACCACAAGAGGAAGAAGUGAAGAAAGUUGAAACUGACCUUGUGGGUGUCGGAACAUCAUGUAAACAUGCAGGCUGCAAAGAGGUUUAUCAAGGGCCAGAAAGUGAUGCAGGAACUUGUAUACAUCACCCUGGGGUGCCAGUUUUCCAUGAAGGGAUGAAGUUCUGGUCUUGUUGCAACAUCAAAACCAGUGACUUCAAUGAAUUCCUGGAUCAGCGAGGAUGCGCCUCAGGGAAACACCUUUGGAUAAAGAAUACAGGCAGACAGGCAGUCUCGUGUCGCUAUGACUGGCACCAGACCAGCAACAUAGUUACCAUUACCGUUUAUGCGAAGACAGCGAUUCCUGAGCUCAGCCAGGUUCUAGCCAAUCGGACAGGGCUGGACAUUCAGAUUUCCUUUCAGGGGCAAAGCGAGUUUAGGAAACAAGUGGAGUUGUGGGGGGUUAUUGACGUGGGCGCAAGUAUUGUCAAUUUGUUACCCACAAAGGUGGAGAUUACACUGAAGAAAGCUGAUCCGGUGACCUGGGGGCGACUGGAGCUUUCUCUCCAUUCCCAGCAGAUUACAGCUGAAGAAGAGCCACAAAAAAACCCAGAGAAGCCACCAGAACCAGAGUUCUCUGAUGAAGACGAUGAUCUGAGCUGGUCUGAGGAUGAGGAGCCCACAGACUAAUUAGGAGUUGGUCAUAAAAUGUUACAUUGCACCGUUCUAACCGAUUCCACUUCUUUUUACCAACUUUAUACCAUUUAGUUUUUCCCAUAUUUUUGGAAUGGUCCCUGUUUCUGAUUUUCUUUUUUGGCUGUACAAUGUUUUCCAGUAAGUUAAAAUACAGGCUAUUCCCAGUAGAAAUGAUAGCGUAACCCCUGUUUACUGUAUGGAUAUUUAAUAAUUGGAUUACCCCUAUACAGCCCCCAUCCCUUCACCCUUGAAUGCUUUGUAAGCAACAGUCUAUUCUGCAGGGGAUUAUUUUUGCACUGGUAAUUAUGUACUGUACAAGAACCAAACAUGGAGUAGUUUGAGUUUCCCUGUUUAGCUUGAGAAAUAACAAAAACCAUAGAUUAAAACAAAAGACAAAAUGUAAGUUUAGUACAAGCCCUAGUCAUUGUACUCAUGUUAAACAAGGGGGUCUAUUGCUUUUUUAACUAUUUUAUUCACAGUUGUUUUGAUCAAUUCAGAGAGGCCUGCAGCUGUUCUGCUAUUUUCGCUGUAGUCCACCAGAUGGCACUGUAUGUACAAAUACAUGGUUUAUACUUAAAGAGAUACGGACACCAGAAAUUUAACCUUUUUUGCAUGCUACUUAUAAUUUUGCAAUAAAGUAUUGGCCUUAUGCUUUUCCAUUA